AUGGGUGCCAGUUCGUGCGCGCAUCGCAUGAGUCUAAGGUCGUUCAAUCUGGCCAUAGCGCCAUUCACUGCUGCCAAGCCGCGAGGCCUACCCCUGAUCAUAUCACCAGAGAAAUGCCAGGUGCUCAUUGAUCGGUUGGAUCUACAAUCGAAGUACCCCAAGGGGAAAACAGACGUGGUGGAAGUGUUCUCCUCCAACCCGUUAUUGGGGUCAAUGAUCAACAUGGAGAUCCAGCCCCGCCGCCAUUACUUAGUGGAACACGCUCGCAACCAGCUCAAGACAUGGAAGCAGAUGGUGGACACACUCAACAAAACUACGGGCAACCAGGAGCACUACCAGAUAUACCACGCCGACGCCUACCAGUGGCCUACGUAUACCAAUUUGCUUGAAAACGAGAUCAAACCGCAAAUGCAAGACCGCUCCCGUCCUCACGAUGAGCUCCUUCUUCUAGCCAACCUUUCGCUGCCAACGUUUGGUGAACUGCUUUGGGCCCAGUGGCUUCAGUGUGGCAUCUACCGCAACUGGCUCCAUCGCUACGGCAGAGUGCGGAUGCUUCUCCUUGUACCUGAAUUGUCAGCUCAGAAAUUCACCAGUUACCCCUAUAGUCUUCGCCGUAACCGGACCACCGUCAAGUUCGAGAUGUACGCCUCGUUGAAAUUGCAUGCUAUUACUGGUAACCCGAAAAAGAUGACCAGUUUUCUGUACCCGGGUGAAGGCUAUGACCCUCGCAGAAUCCUUGAUGACCAACCCAUCAUUCUUGAACCGGCGGAUGUGUCUCUGCCUAAAGCUCAAUUGGCCGUGAUCGAAAUGAUCCCUCACGACGUCGACCCUCACUUGGACCAUGAACUCUACUCGCAUAUCCUCCAGCAGUUCUUCUCAAGUCGUGACCAACAGCUUGUUGAUAUUCUUCCUCGAGUGGCUCCUGGUGCUGAAGACUUGGCUCCCCAGUUGGGGGAGUUGGCCUACCUUACUGCUCGCGAUCUUUCGUUGGAGCAAUGGCAAAACGUGUUUGGCGUGUUUGACCUGUGGCCAUUUAAACCCUCAGAUCUCGACUUUUUGGAUUUGGAAAUCUCCGAUCGCCGUACAUAG